AUGCAAGAACCAUCGUCGUGGGCAACUUUCCCGUCCUCAAGCACUGCGCUGUUCGGCCAUGGACGUCUCAAGCUCACGCUCAUCGCUCUUACGACGAUGUUCCUCGGUUAUCUCGUUACUUCGACGUUUAAUCCCACAGACCAAUACGAUUCUACAGACUACCGAGGUGACUACGAUAUUGGCGCAGGCGGUAUCUUGGAUGGGCCUGAUAGUUAUCUAGGCGCAGAUCGGCUGAUAGAUAAAUCUUCUGGAAAGGACAGAUCCACCAGUCGCAUUAAAGCCAAUCAUGUAGAAGAAGAGAUCGACCAUCAGCCAUCCCAAAGACCAUCGAUCAAAGGUGCACUGAAAGAUCUACACCACGCAGUCUCAGAUAAGGUCUCAUACUGGAAAACCUGGGACUCGGAGCUGGAACUCAACACGAAGUUGGAGGCGAACGCAACUACUGCUUUGAACGCGACUGCAACCCUAAUUACCACACCAACCUUAUCACCACUCAAAUCCGAAGAAGUCCUGAAGCAAGAGUCAGAGCAAUGGGGCCAUAAGACCAGAGUUGGGAAAUGUACCAUUAUACUGUAUGGGUCCUCGAUAUACGAGAGAACAGUCAAGACUCAUGCUCUGCACGACCGACUUCAUGGUUAUCCGCUUUAUGUACUCCGGCAGUCCAUCAUGGAUGAUGUCUGGUCGAAGCCAGCAUACAUACUGUCGCUUCUGCUGCGAGAGUUGGCCAAACCCCAAGAGGAGCGUCUGGAAUGGCUUCUCUGGGUCGAUGCGGACACUAUCAUGUUGAACCCGUAUGUGCCUCUGGAGAUAUUCCUGCCUCCUUCACCUCAAUUCGACGACAUACAUCUCCUGGUGACUAACGAUUGGAACGGUCUAAACAAUGGCGUGUUUCCAGUCCGAGUGAACCAGUGGGCCGUAGAACUCUUUUCGGCCAUAAUCUCUUCCAGAUACUAUAAGCCUGAUCAGGACUUGACGUUUCGAGACCAAAGUGCAAUGGAUACACUCUUGAGAGACAAGAAGUUUGCAGCUCACACGGUCGAAGCUCCUCAGAGGUGGUUCAACGCUUACCAAGGCGAGCACAACGAGACCUUGGCACCCUAUCAGGUCCGCCGAGGAGACUUCCUGGUGCACUUUGCUGGUGUCAUAAAUCGAGACGAGAGAAUCUUGUUCUGGCUUGAUCGUGCCGAGCAGCAUUUACCGGACUGGGAGAUGGAGGUACAGCACACAUCCUACCCCGCAGAAGUUAAAGACUUCUGGAACCUGAAGGCCGGAGAACGCGCAGCUAAACAGGCAGAAGUUGCCGAGGCGAGACGCAAGGCGAAUGAGUUGCUUACACAAACAGAGUCGAAGAUGUCAGAGUAUCAAGAUCGUCUUGUACAAGGCGAUGCUGCGUCCAUCCUCGACCGAGAGACUGCUCUCAGGAAGGUGCUUGAGCAGGGAGAUGCGCUGGAAUUGGCCUCGGUGGAGUCCGAGAUAGGAUCGCUGGAAAUGAGCCUCACGCCACUUAAGAAUGUUAUGGAGACUGCCAAUAAGCUGCUCAUGAAAGAAGCACACGAUGCCAUAUUCGCCGCGGAGAAAGAUGUGAUUGGGCAGGAUGCAUCUUCAGUUCCAGAAGUCGUUGCAGUAGAGGAGAAGGCUACAGAUCUGAAGGCUUUGAUAGUGCAACCGAACUGGAACAAGAGUGAUCUUAACGCCCUCAUCGAGGCAGUCAAACAGGCCAGGACGAAACUGCAGCAAAAAAUGCAACAGAAAGCAGCCAAGGACCAGGAGUCGCAAGCGGCGGACGCGAAAGCCGCCGAAGAGCGCAGGAAGCAGGAAGAGCAAAAGGCAAAGUUUGGGGACACCUAG